AUGGAUUGGUUAUGUGAGCGCGCUAUUUUGACCCCUAAAAAUGACAGUGCAGUUGUGAUUAAUGAAAUUCUUCUUAAAUCAUUUAAGGGAACAGAAAUGGAGUAUAAGUCUAUAGACACGGUACUGGAGACAGAUGACGCAGUUCACUAUCCUGUGGAGUUCCUCAACGCACUUUAUCCCCCUGGCUUUCCAGCACAUAAGUUAGUCCUUAAAGUAGGAGCUCCAAUUAUGCUGUUGCGAAAUCUCCACCCACCCAAACUCUGCAAUGGUACUCGACUGUGCGUGAAAGCACUCCAAAACAAUGUAAUUGAGGCAACAAUAAUUACAGGUUGUGCUCAAGGAGAAUCAACGUUUAUACCACGUAUACCACUUUUAUCAUCAAACUAUCCAUUCGAAUUUAAAAGACAUGCAGUUUCCUAUCAAGGUAUCUUUUGCAAUGACUAUAAAUAA